UGGCGCCCGGGCUCCCGUCCCGUCUGCUGCCUCGGUCGGUAUCGGGUGAUUCUGUAACUGUAUGACUAAUCAAGUGUUCCACCCGCUUCUUCCAGCGUCCAGAAGAGGAAAAGACGCCUGCGGUGGGCGGAGCGAUGUGCGCUUCGCCGUUUGCGCAAAUACAGCCUGGCACCACACACACUCUCUCUUUCAUUCUUUUCUUUCGCCUGUCCUUUCUUACACUUUUUAUUCUAUCUCCGGCGAUUCUGAUACUAUGUAUAUUCACGUUUUAUCAUCGAACGUUAUCUUCCUACUUUUAGCGCAGCACUUUCACUGACUAACUACACGAAGCUUGAGUAUUUAUGAGCCUGGAGAAGGCCAGCAGUUAAGCGUGGCCAGUUUCUUUGAUACGCCUCAUACUUGGAAAUAAGCAGUCCGGACACCUCGAGUAAUCAACGAUGGCUUAUGAACUAAAGGCUCGAGGCAAUGAACGGUAUAAGGAAGGGGAUUAUGAAGGUGCAGAAGAGUUAUAUUCUCAAGCAAUCCAGAAAAAUUCCAAUGAUCCCACCUUCUUCAACAACCGCGCGCUCGUCCGAAUAAAGCUAGGACUAUGGGAAGGAGCAGAACACGAUUCACGAAUCGCCGUGGACCUCUACGGGCCCAAGAAUGCCGCAGGUGUGAAGUCGAAUUACUACCUCUCACAGGCCCUGUUGGCACUACAACGACCUGCUGAGGCGCUUGAAAUCGCGCUCGCUGCAUACAAGAUCAGUCUUGAGACAAAGAAUCCAAACUCCGAGCCCCUGUCCAGGAUCAUACUUCGCGCAAAGCAGAGUAUUUGGGCAGCGAAGGAAACAUCUCGUAUCAGAGAGCGCAAUGAGACUCUAAAACAGGUAGAGAUGCUGAUGGAGGCGGAUUUGAAUUCAGAAAUUGCUGCCUUGCAUAACGCUUUUGAGAAAGGAGAGAUGGGCAAGGUUGGAUAUGAAGAGGACAGGAAGUUAUUGGAGGAAGAAUAUUCAAAGAAGUUGAGGAAUGUGCGAGAAGCAUUUGCCUCGGUGGAUAUAGAGCUCCAGGAAAGGGUAUGAUACUCCUCCAGUGCUUUCUUCAAUGCCCUUCUUUUCUUCCCUUUCCUCGGGGGCUCUUUUUUAUCCUAAGCUCCCAGUAACUAAUCAACUCUUGUCUGCAGCAUAUGCCAGAAUACCUGAUCGACAACAUUACCUUUGAAGUUAUGCAUGAUCCAGUCGUUACACCUUCAGGUCAUUCAUUCGAAAGAACAAGCAUCUUGAAACAUAUACAGCAGUCCGAGGUUGACCCCAUAACUCGUGUACCAAUGACCACCAGCGACCUCCGACCCAAUUAUGCGCUCAAGGCGGCUUGUGAAGACUUUCUGGAGAAGAAUGGAUGGGCAGUUGACUGGUAAGCCAGUUAUCGUCUUAAUGUCUUAACGAAGCUUAUGCCUCUUUACGUUCUCUUUCUCUGCACCUUUUUCCCUUCAUAUGGUUGGUCUUCCUGAGCUUUUGUGCCUUUUAUUUCCAAUUGUUCCAUUUGUAGACCCGGUGGUUCUCUCCAUCACUUGUUGCCUAUCGCAUGCUGCAUACUUUUUGGAGUCGGUCGGUUUAGCGCUUUUUUGAAAUUCGGUACACAAUCUGUUCACAAAUUAGAUUAUACUUCGGAAAGCCAGUCUUGCGGGAAAUGCAUUGAAUUCAGUCAAAACGUCAGCCUGCGUUGAAUAUGUAAGUCUACUGGGACAAUCGAGCUGGCAUCGAAUAUGAUGAUGUAAGCAAUCGGCCUUGGACAAUGACUUAGUCAGCAGCGCUAGCGCUUAUUAGCAGACUGUGCUAUAGUUAAUAUAAAGAGGAAUAUAGGCGAAAAGACGUUAAGACGUAUUUCGCUAAAGGCAAACAGGUGCGCCUCCUUUGCCCAUGAUAGCUUUCC